AGAAGGUGAGCGAGCGUCGCGUCGUUAAGACGUUGCUGCGGUUGAAUUCAACGUGACAGUGGGCAAAAAUCGAACAAAAUAAAAGUAAUUCAGAAAAAAAAAAAAACAAGAAGCAAAUUCGGAACGAGAAUCAAGUUUCGUACCUGGCGUCAUACUUUGGCGUUUGGGUUUUUAUGCGCGUGUGCUAAAAAGUGAAAUAAUCAUUUGAUAAGUGUAAUAACUGUGCAUCUAAUCACGCGGGGCUGCUAGAGCUAUCUUGCAACACUCACUUUUCCGCUGACUGAGCGCAAAUGCUGCAAAUGCUGCAAUUGCUGCCACUGCAACUGCAACUGCAUUGCCAUUAACCACAACCAAGGUCGAAUGGGCGGUGGGGGCUAACAUUGAAAGAGGUUUUUCAUUGUUUUUUGGUUAGCAGCGUUUAACGAAAAUCUCUUGUUUUGCAUAAACGAAAAACAGUUGAAGAGUUGUGAAAGAAUUUGUGCUACAUGUGCCAAAUACUUGUGUAAAUAAAACACCGAAUUCUUGCCAGCUAACGGAUACAGAUACAUAACGGCAACUGAAAUUAGCAACGGCAACAUGUUGCUGCCGUCGCUGAUGUUGUUGCUGCUCGGUUCGAUUGGGGCACAGCUGCUGAAUCAUGCGCCGCAUUUUGUGCCCGGUUCCGGCGACAUGUCCCGCUUCAGCCUGUCGGAGCAUACCCCAGUUGGCAGUCCAGUCUAUCAGCUUAAAGGCAUCGACCCGGAGGGAGGCCGCCUCAAGUACAGCAUAUCUGGCCCAGUUUUCUCGGUGGAUCGGGAGACGGGCGUGGUGCGUCUGCGCCAGGAACUGGAUCGCGAAACCCAAGAUACCGUUGAGGUAAUUAUAAGCAUUACCGAUGAGGGUGUCUACGGCACAGAGCCCAACACGGUGUCCCAGCGUCGCGAGAUACCGGUGCGCGACUAUAACGACAAUCAGCCCACAUUUUACGGAAGACCCUACACGGCCAGCGUUAGUGAGUCGCUGCCCGUGGGCGGCGAGCUGAUUGUGGAGCCGCCGAUCAUAGUCGUUGAUCGUGACGAGGGCCUCAAUGCAGAGGUGCAGAUAAAGUGUGUGCAGGAAAACGACAUUUGUGACAUCUUUGAGGUACGCGCUGUCAAGCUGGGCGAUGGCAACUACACCGCGAGGGUUGCUCUAAAACAGCCGCUGGAUUUUGAGAGUCGUCCCUCCUACAUCAUGACCAUCUCCGCCUCAGAUAGCGCGUUGGAGAAUCGUUUGACCUCCUUUGCCACAGUUUCCAUCAAUGUAAUCGACGUGCAGGAUCAGGCGCCCGUUUUCACCAAUGCCCCAUAUUCCGCUACUGUGGCCGAGAAUACACCAGCCGGCGUGAGCAUACUUACCGUCAAGGCAAUCGAUGGCGAUGUGGGCAUACCAAGGGAGAUCUUUCUCUCACUGGAGGAUGAACCUUUUGGUCACUUUGAGCUGGUAGCCUACGGUAAUCCCAAGGAUGGCACAGCCAUGCUGCAAACUACCAGUGUACCCUUGGACCGCGAAAAUCCUGAUAUACUGCAAAACGGUGGCGUCUACGUCUUCUCCAUACGCGCCACAGAGCUUAUAGAUGGUGCCAUUCCCGCGGAGCACUCGAUAACACGCGUCACCAUUGUGGUAACCGAUGUGGAUGAUCACAGGCCCGAGUUCAGCGCCUCGCACUUUAACGUUUCGAUUGCGGAGAAUCUGGCCAAUGGUAUGCCCCUGCCAGGUCUAUCGAUAUUCGUGGAUGAUCGAGAUAUGGGCGAGAACAGUCGAUAUCAGCUCAAGCUACUGGAUGUCUCGAAGGCAGCUAGCGUGUUUGCAGUCUCACCAACUGAGGGCCAGGGUCGCACUCCUGUUGUGGUCAAGGUGCUCGAUGCCAGUCGCCUGGACUACGACAAUCCGGCACAGCGCAAAUUCGAGUUCGAUUUGGUGGCCUCCACGCAUGGCGUGGAACAGGCCAAGGCACGCGUGGAAGUCCAUUUACUGGAUGCCAAUGACAAUGCGCCCGUUUUUGGUCAGCAAACCUAUCGCUUUACAGCUGCCGAGAAUCUGAAAACCGACUCCCUUAUUGGCGUAGUAAAUGCCACUGAUGCAGACUCGGCUGAUUUCGGGCAUGUGCAGUAUGUGCUUAAAGGAUUUGGAGCCGAUAAUUUUUAUGUUAACCCGGAGACUGGCGGCAUUUAUCUACUCAGACCUUUGGACUACGAGAAGCAGAGUACAUACAGUCUGACUGUGGUGGCUGUGGAUGGCGGUGGACGCGAAUCGAAUGCCAAUCUCUAUGUCGACGUUCUCGAUGUCAACGACAAUCAUCCGAGCUUCGAAAGAAACGAAUACAGUCGCACGAUUCGGGAGGGUGCCGCAAUCUUUGAACCACAGUUCUUUGUGCGUGCCCACGAUGCAGAUGGUCCCAGCCAAGGCAACGGCAAGGUGAAGUACGCCAUAGUCUCGGAAAACAGCAUAGCUGGCAAUGUAUUCCGCAUUGAGCCGGCAACGGGCGAAAUAACCCUACAGAAGGCAGCCAGGUCCAUGGAUACGGAGCGCGGCGAGUAUGAGCUAGUCGUAUCCGCCACAGAUUUCGGUAUUCCUCCGCUAACCAACACAACGCGUGUGCUUGUGCGUGUGGGAAUCUCCGGCAAUCAGCGUCCCAUUUUCAAGGGUCACUUCCAAAAUGUCGAGAAUUUGCCCAUCAUUGGACCGCCCAGUUAUCGCGUGUCCAUACCAGAGAAUGCCGCACCGGGCUAUAAUGUAACUACAGUCUCAGCACAUGAUCCCGACGGUCUGGACAGUCUGCUCAGAUAUCGCAUUGUGGGCGCCAAUGACAACUUCCAGAUUAAUGAGCUAUCUGGAUUGAUUACUGUGUCUCCGCAGGCGCGCAUUGAUCGCGACUUGAAUAUGAAUAGCUUUGAGAUAAUUGUGAAUGCCGUCGACUCUGGCACGCCCAUACCGGAAACAGCUACAACCACUGUUUAUGUGAAUGUCAAGGAUAUCAACGAUGAGAAGCCCAAGUUCGAGCAGAAUAGCUAUGCUGCCUACGUAUCCGAGCGCACAGCUGUUGGAGAGAGCGUAUUGCGGGUUAAGGCAAUUGAUAAGGAUCUCAACUCACGUCUGGAGUACAGCAUGCAGGGAGCGGUUAGGGCAACCACCAAGGCGGGCGUGAGCAUAACCAAUCGGAGCAGCUAUCCCGUGCAGGAAGCCUUCCGUGUCGACAGCCAAAGCGGAGAGAUCUUUGUGAACAGCAGUCUGCGUCACGAUGUGGCUGCCAUUAUCAUCUUCACAGUGGCCGUGCGGGAUCUAAAUGCUGAGGUGGAUCCUGAGAAGCAAGUGGACACCACAGAGGUAACGGUGUAUGUGCAGUCUUUCAAGGAUAAGGAUCCGGUCUUCAAAAAUCCGGGAUGGAGCAGCUCUCGCCCUGUUGUCAACAUCAAGAUCAAGGAGGAAAUGCCCAUAGGUAGCGCGCUGUUCAUUCUACAAGCCGAGGAUCCAGUGACCGAGCAGCCCAUUACAAGCUUUGAACUGGUCGAACCAAAGGAGCUGGAAUAUUUCCAAAUUUCCGAACGCACUGGCGAGGUCAUAUUGAAGAAGCGUUUGGACUACGAAACCCUGGCGGAGUCGGGCAGCGCAGAAUUUGAUCUGCAGGUGCGCGCGAAUAGCGCCGAUCGUCAGCGCAGCACAAUCAGCCGGGUGAACAUCACGGUCGAGAAUGUGAAUGAUAACAGUCCGAUCUUUGAACAAAGCUCUUAUCAUGCCACCAUCAUUGAGAACAAGGGCCAUCCGGAGCGUGUGCUGCAAGUGAGGGCCCAGGAUAAGGAUGCGGCGCUUAAUGCGCGUGAUGAGCGCUUGGGCUAUCAUAGGAUCAUUUACUCCCUGCAAGGCGAAUAUGCAAUGCUCUUUGAGAUCAACAACCUGACCGGGCAGAUCAUUGUCGCUCGCAAUCAGACCAUUGAUCGCGAACGCACGCCCACCAUUCGACUGCAAGUGAAGGCGGAGGACUCGCCCGGCAAACCCACCGAUGCCAAACAGAGCAUUGUCGAGCUGCUGAUCGAUGUGCUGGAUGUGAACGAUAAUGCGCCAGAGUUUACCAAAAAGCUCUACAGCGCUGUCAUACCGGAGAACGCGCUGAAAAUGGAGAAUGUCCUGCAACUGAACGCGACAGAUGCGGAUGAUGGACCUGGCGGCGAGAUACGCUACGAGCUGGUCAACGAGGGCGACGCCAACGGGCUGUUUAGUAUCAAUGCGCAGAGCGGUCUGCUGACGACGCGUCGCAAUCUGACGGGCAAGGGACGCGCCGAUGCCUUUGUGCUGAUUGUGCGCGCCCAGGACAAUGGCAACCAGGUGCCCAAGCAGCCCACGCUUUUCACGGAUGUCGAGGUGCGCAUUUUCAUCGGGGAUGUGAGCGCCAAUGAUGGUGUGCCAUUCUUUGUGGCGCCGCGAGUGGGUCAAAUGGCGAAUGUGACAGAGAAUGCUGCCAUUGGCGCACCUGUUUUCCAAGUGAUUGCCAGCGAUCCCGAUGACGAGAGUACGCCCUCCGGCACAAUAUCCUACCGCAUUUUGCCAGAUACGCCCGACGCUGAGGUCUUUGCCAUUGACACUCACACCGGGCUGAUAACAACACGUGAACAGCUGGAUCGUGAGGAGAAGUCCAUGUACAAGGUGCUGCUGGAGGUCAGCGACAAUGGGCAGCCCAAGCAGUCGGUGACGCGCAUCUUAAAGAUUGAAGUGCUCGACAUGGAUGAUCAUGAGCCCAGAUUUGCCAGAGAAAUCGAUGCGGGUCCCAGAACCAUGUCCGUGAAAGAGGAGCAGCCAGCGGGCACCAUUGUGGGCAACUUUAGCGCCAUUGACGAGGACAUUGGCGAGAAUGCGGCCAUCGACUAUGUCAUAAUCGAGGGCAACAACGAGCAGAUCUUUACCAUUGAGCGCAACAACAACAGCGUGGCCAUAUUGAAGACUAACCAAGCCAUCGAUCGAGAGCUGGUCGAAUCCUUUACGCUGACUAUUAAGUGCCUGAGGCUGGGCGAGCCAGCUUACAGGUACAUAGGCGAUCCCUAUGAUCGCCAGGAUCCUUCGCAUCUGCGCCUCACCAUAAAGAUUCUGGACAUAGACGACAAUUUGCCACUGUUUGAGAAUCCGGACGCUACCGUCGGCAUACGCAUCAAUGUGCCCAUUGACACUGUGAUUACCACGCUGCGUGCCAGCGAUGCGGAUGCGGAAGCUGCGCCCAUUGCGCUGUCCAUUGUGAACGUGACCUUUGUGCCGCAGUUCUACAAGCGCAGUCGCAAACUGGCCACGGGCAACUUGCAGACGCUCUUUACGUUGAACAAUCACACUGGGGAGCUGCGCACGGGUGGCUCCUUUGCCGACUAUGUGGAUGGAUACUUCCUAAUGCGCGUGUGCGCCAACAACUCAGCCGAGGCCAAGCGCCAGACGCACAGCAACAUCAAGGUGUUUGUCAUACGCGACAAGUCGCUACUGAAGUUCGUCUUUGCCCGCCCGCCCAACGAGAUACAGCACAAUAUACGGCCAUUCCAGGAGCAGCUGCAGCAAAAACUCAGGCCAUUGGGCCUGGAGCUGCACGUGCUGGACACACAGGUCUUUACGCGUGCCGACAUGAGUCUGGACUUUACAGCGACCAGCUCCUGUUUCCAAAUGUUUCGCAAUGGGGCCGCUUUGUCACUAAAGGAGAUGCAAAAGCUGAUGAACUCCAAGGAGCUGCGGCACGAGCUCAUCGACAUCUAUGCGGCAUAUGGCGUCAGUGACCUGGAGUCCUGUUCGGUGCGACGCACCCACACGGCCGCCCUCUUUGGCAAUGCACUGAUGUCUGCGGGCGCUUGGCUGGUUAUUUUGGCGGCGCUUAUAGGCGUGGCCGCGCUGGUCGCCCUCUGCACAGCCUGCUGCCUGAAGAAGAAAUUUAAGAGGCACAGCAAACGCAGCCUGCAGGCAAGUCUGCGCACGCCCACGGAGCAUACGCCCACCUCGUACAGCUACUCGAUGCCCGCCGUGCUCUACUCGGAGCCCAUCUAUGGACCUUUGUAGCCUCAGCUAAUAUUCUGCACAGCCAGGAACAGCCAAUGGCAAUGCUGAAUCUUAAUUCUAGUGUAAUCUAGUGCUCAAGACUCAAGACUUAGGCCUCAUCUGCACCAUCUGACAACAGAUUUAUCCAAUCCGCUAGUUAUCCGCUAUAACCAGAGCAGAACAGGUGCACAUGAGGCUUGGGCAAUGCAGCUGGCCGCGCCAGUUGGCCAAAACAGUCCAUACAAGCAUAAGCAUACUAUGCACGUGAUCUAGUAUGUACAUAAUACACCUAUGUAGAGUAUAGAAGAGUAUAGAGUACGCUAAUCUAAUUUAAACUGUAUAAAGUCGAAAAUGAAAACUUUUAGUUUUAAGUUCUCAUAUAGAAAGUCAUUUUAUGUGUCAUCUGCGCAGAAAGGGCCGAGUACCCCAUUCGAGUACUCCAGCUUUGAGUAGAGUUCUUUUUUUUUGCAACUCAUGAAAUAAUUUUGUUUUAUUUUAGUAAAAAUAAAUGGCAUUUACCUAUAUA